AAUAUUUAGGUUACUUUAUCAAGGUUUCUUCUCAAAUUCCCAUUCGGCCAAGUUACAAAUUCAAACAAGUCUAUUUGGUUUCCAUUGUUCAUUUGGUUGCCACGGAGAUGAGAUCUUCACCGAUGGAGUUCUUUGCGGAGCUGGAAGAACAGGGAUCCACGGUCGCCAUGGACGUCGACGAUGUAGACCCACUUGAGAUAUUGGGCGAGGGUGUGAUCUCCGCCGAGAACAAGCUCGCCGACGCCGAUUUCUUCAACUCCUUCGAGGAUGAUUUUGAUGACUCUGACGUCAACUGAGAUUCUUUUUCGUGGUUUCCUUCAAAACAAGUAGUUAAUUUCCCAAUUCUAUGUUCUUACUUCUCUUGAUCAAACAAAGUUGAUAGAUCCUACCAUGCCCUAGUUUGUUUCAGUCUUUAGGGAUUUCACUGGUUUGCUUGGUGAUAAGUUGAAUACUUUUAACAUGUUUUACUUUCUGAAUUACUUGAUUGGUUAUCCCAUAGUUUCUUUUCUCUCAA